AUGGAGAAGGAAAGGGAGAGUAAGCAAGAUCUACAUAUGGUCUUCAUAGAUUUAGAAAAGGCCUUCGACCGCGUCCCCAGAGAUAUCAUUUGGCAGUCCUUUCGAGCUCAGAACGUACCAGAAUGGCUCGUACAACUGGUGAUGGACAUGUACAGAGAAGUGAAAACUAAGGUGCGCAGCCCCGCUGAUCUGAGUGACCAAUUUGACUUGGAAGUCGGCGUGCAUCAAGCAGACCUUCAGAAAAAGCCACCGUGGAACAUCUUGUACGCAGAUGACAUAGCCCUCAUUAGUGAAGAUGUGGAGGAGCUACAGACCACACUAGAACAAUGGCGCAGUACUUUGGAAAAUGCUGGACUGAGAGUUAGCAGACAGAAGACUGUGUAUAUGCACUGUAGCUUCUCCAACUCAACACAUGGCACCAUACAACUCCAGAACACCCCACUCAAAAGGGUAGAGUUCUUUAAAUACCUUGGCUCUAUCCUGACGAGCGACGGCACCAUAGAGCUCGACGUCUCCAACCGUAUCAACACUGGCUGGAUGAAAUGGAGGGAGCUUACAGGUGUGCUGUGUAACUCUAAAAUGCCCAUACCAUUAAAGGCAAAGUCUACAAAACUGCAGUAA